CGGUCCGUUCCCCCCCCGCCCGGCGCGGCCCCGGCACCUGCUGCGGCUGCGGCUCCGGCCAUGGGCGCGCUGCCCCGGGCCGCGCUGGCGCUGGCUGCGCUGCUGGGUGUCUCCUCGGCCGUGCUGGAGGUACACGUGGGGACGAGCUCGGUCUUCUCCGUGGAGGGGCAGCAAGUGGUGCUUCCCGCCUGGUACACCAGCCGCUCCCAGAAGAAGCCCUACGUCACCUGGCUGCUGGAUAAGGAAGAUGCUGAUCCCUUCCAGAUCCUGACCUACCUGGAUGGGGUGGUGAAGGUGGAGGAGACAGAACUGAAGCCCCGCGUGGGUUUCCUGUACCCUGUCCUCACCCACAACAUCUCGUUGUUCAUCAACGCCACCCGGGAGCGCGACUCGGGCCAGUACAUGUGCACCGUCAACGUGGUGGAUGAUGCCACCGGCACGGGCAAGAACGUCGGCGUCAUCAACCUCACCGUCCUGGUGCCGCCGGCCGCCCCCGCCUGCCAGCUGCACGGGACCCCCACCGUGGGAGCCAACGUCACCCUGAGCUGCACCUCCGCCAAGGGGAAGCCCCCGCCCGCCUACCGAUGGCAGCGCACGGCCCCCACCCUGCAGGUCUUCUUCCCCCCCGCCCAGGACCCGGCCAGGGGCACCCUCAAGCUGACCAACCUCUCCAUGGAGAUGUCGGGUCUCUACGUCUGCGUGGCCGAAAACCGAGCGGGUUCAGCCGAGUGCAGCGUCGCGCUGGAGGUGCACUCAACAGCCAGCACCAAAGCCGUCAUCGCCGGUGCCGUGCUGGGCUCCCUGGGCGCCCUCGCCACCAUCGUCUUCUUCGCCUGCCAGGUCGUCGGCUACCGGAGGAAGAAACGUGACGGCCAGGAGGAGGUGGCCAAUGAGAUCAAGGAGGACGCCGUGGCCCCCAAAACGCCAUCGUGGGCGAGGAGCCCCGCUUCGGACACCAUCUCCAAAACCAGCACCUUGUCCUCCAUCGCCCGGGAGAAACCCUACGGGGCCAAACCCCCCUCCGACACUGCCUCCAUCCUCACCGCCACCGGCAGCUAUCGGGGACCCCCGCCGCGGGGAGGGGGACGCACCCCCAACCUCUCGCCCCCCGCGGUUAACGGAGCCCCCCGGCACCGCCAGGAUCCGGUUGCCCCCCCGGGGUCGUUGCCCCCCUCCAGCUUGGCACGGGCGGGCGCUGUGCCCAUCAUGGUGCCAGCACAGAGCCGGGCUGGCUCCUUGGUGUGACCCCCCCCAACCCCACCCCCCCACCCCAAAAAAAAGGGAGUGCCCAUAUCCAGCAACCACCCCCCUCCAUUUGCUGGGAUGGGUUGGGGGUUUUUUCCCCUUUUUGGGUGUUUUUCUUUUUUUUUUCUUUUUAAAAGACGCCUCGAGCAGCUGGACUCGUCGUGGGGUUGUUUAAUGGGUGCGGGGGGGCUCCCCAAGUUUGGGGGGGCCCCCUAGGUUUGGGGGGGCCGAGUCUCCCUGUAAAUAUAACACCCCAAACCAGCCCCAGCCCUGCCCAGAGGAGUGGGGGGGGUCCUCUUCUUUUUUUUUUUUUUAUAUAUAUAUGAGUUGAAAUGGGGGAUUUUUCAUAAAAGAGCAUUAAAAAGGGCGGGGGGGGGGACGGGCAGGGGAAACGCACUUUUUUUAGGGGUUUUUUCUGAUUAAAAGCUGGCCGCGCUGUCCAG